AUGAUAUCAUUUGUUGACUGUUCAACAAACUGUUUAGGCAAUGAAACACUCCGAGCUCAUAUGUACAAACAACACCAAAUUUCCAGAAUGUUCAUGUGCCGAUGUUGUAACUGGGCAUUUCCAGAUAAAACCAGCUUACAUAUGCAUAUGCAGGCUAAAGAAGAAGGCAAAAAUAUAUCGGUACCGGUAAUUGGUAAAGGUAAUCCACCAAUUCAAACUACAUCUUGUUCAACGACAACUGUAACCAGUAGCGGAAAUCAAGCACCAAAUUUACACGUACCACAACCUCGAGCACCAAGUCAUAAUCCGUUUGCACCACUUCAGCUUCAUUCUCUGGCUGGACUACCAACACAUCAACCACUGAGUAUUGCUGAUCCAAAUGCAUUACAAAAUGCAGCAGCAACACUGUUUCCUCAAAUGGCAUUACUUCGAGGUGCAUCUACUGCACAUACAGAUGAUUUGAUGUCAAAAUUACGGGAACGACUAAUGCUUAAUAACCUGGUAGCACAGUCUGGCUUCGGUUUAGCAGCUGCUGCUUGGCUUGCCAACUUCCCAAAAGUUGAUCAACCCGGUAUUUUUUUUUCUUUUGUAUAUGUAGGAACAAUGAUGGACACCAAUACUACAACUUGCCCAAAAGAGGAAGAAACUGGAAUGUCUGUAGCCGAAGAAGAAGACGAAAUAAAUGUUGACAAUGAAGGUGAUGAAGAGAUAGGUGUUGAUCAAUCCAGAAGAACCUCGGAUGAACCUAUCGAUGUGGAUAAUGUGGCGGAUAAAAAAGAGCAGAAGGAUCUUGAUGAACCAAGCGAGGAGUUGAGUUCAAAGGAAGAAAAAAGGCAAGAAACAAACUCCAGGUCGUCUGAAAGUGGGCAUUCCCCACUCGGCUCAGCCACCAGUGAUUCUACGGAUUCAACACAACCUUCUGAGGUCAUGCCAGCUUUAAGAUUCGCGAACAGUUCAUCUCUCUUUAUGGUCAAACAAGUUUCAGUAAAUUCACCAAAUCAGUCCAACUUUAAUGAGAAAUUUUUGAAUAUCUCAGCUGGACAUCAAACAGAGCAAUCUGAUGCUCAUGAAAGUCAUGUAUCACCAUCAGAUACUUGUAGUAUAUCCCCACCAGCUGAUUCUAGUCGUGAAUGUUAUGAGUGUUCAGUACAUAAAGGAAAACUUGCAAACUCCUCAACUAACGUAACAACCAUUUCUUUGCUUUUGCUCUUUCAGUCAGAAAUUGUUCGUUUGAGUACCAGGUUGACGGUAUCAGAAACAACAGCAAACCAGUAUGAACAGGAGGGACGUUUGUUACGAGAACAGAACGAAUUGUUGCAACGAAAACUUCUGAAGUGCCAGGAAAUGACGUUGGCAUUUAUGCAAGGCGAACAACCGACAAAUGCUCAGGCAGUUACCAUCUAUUUGAACGAUAUUUUGAAGACAGCAUUUCUUCGUUGA